UUUGAACAGGCUUCGUCAACCUCAAAUUUGUUGUGGAACGGGAACGAGUCAUCGUAUAAUUUUAUUCUCCAAAUUCAAUUACAUUUAUAAAUCGAAAUGGCUUCUGUGACAGAAGUUGCGUCUUUAUAUCAAAAUCUGAAAACCGAAUGGGCAAAGAAGCCACGCAAGCUAGACAAGUGCGGGGAGCUGCUGAACAAAAUCAAGAUUGCGUUGACGCAGUUGACUUUCUUGCCUAGUAAUAAUACAGCGGCUAACCAGAAGGAGUUGCUCUUGGCGCGGGAUGUCUUGGAGAUUGGAGCACAGUGGGCCGUCGCCGCAAAAGACGUGAAGGCUUUUGAGCGCUACAUGUCACAGCUAAAAUGCUACUAUUUCGACUACAAAGAGCACCUCCCAGAAUCUGCAUUCAUGUACCAGCUCCUAGGGCUCAACCUGCUGUUCCUGCUGGCUCAGAACAGGGUAGCCGAGUUCCAUACGGAGUUGGAGCGCCUGCCAGUGGAUGUGAUCAGGGCCGACCUCUAUGUGAAGCACCCGCUUGCACUGGAGCAGUAUUUGAUGGAGGGGAGCUACAAUAAGAUCUUUUUAGCUAAGGGCAAUGUACCAGCAGAAAGCUACACAUUCUUCAUGGACACCCUCCUGGACACGGUCCGUGGUGAGAUAGCGGCCUGUAUUGAGAAGGCGUAUCUGAGCAUCACAUGCACCGAGGCUGCGAGGAGGCUAAACUUGUCUUCGCAGCAGGCGGUGCUGGAGUACGGAAAGAAGCGUGGAUGGGUGCUGGGUUCUGACAACUGCUACCAUUUCAACGCUGCCGAAGAGACGUCUGCCGCGGCCGCCGGCAUCCUACCCUCUGCUGAACUGGCCGAACAGACCAUAGAGUAUGCUAGGCAUCUUGAGAUGAUUGUAUAAAUUUAAAGUAUUUUAAUCAUAGAUAAUAAAGAUUUUUUCUAUU